CAUAAGUUUCCUCUUUUGUUUUUCUUUUUAUUUUUUCUCCACCACACACGUAUACCCAUAUAUCUCCCUCCUCUCCUUUUUCUUCUUUACUUUCCACUUGAAUCCAUAACCUCCCUCUCUCUGUCUUUCUCCAGCUCUCUCGCCAUCUUUUCCUCUGUGAGGACCAAACUCUCUCUUUUCCCAAUCAAAUUCCAAAUUUCCAGUUCGAUUCUAUUCCAGCACACUUUCUUGAAAAUCAUCAUCCUUUUAACCAUUUCUCAAUCACAGUCAAAACCUUUCAAAUUUCCCGCAUUCACUCAUCUCUUAUAUAUAAUUCCCAUUUCAUUACAUCUUAAUUUGAUAUUUCUUUCCUCCUUCUACUCCUCUUUUUAGAUCUUUUCCAGUCUUCAGUUAACAGAUCAUACUGAUGGCUUCCCCAACUAAAGAAGAAUUAACCUCCUCUUCUUCUUCCAUGCUGCGAUGGAGCUAUGAUAUCUUCUUGAGUUUUCGAGGUGAAGACACACGUUAUGGUUUUACAGGCUAUUUAUACGAUGCUUUGUGUAGCUAUGGCUUAAACACCUUCUUUGAUACCAAUCUUGAGAGGGGAGAAGAAAUUUCAAAGGAACUUCUUAAAACCAUUGAAAUGUCAAUGAUUUCGAUCGUUGUAUUGUCUGAAAAUUAUGCAUCUUCAAAUUGGUGUUUGGAUGAACUUGUCAAGAUUCUUGAGUGCAGAAAAACUAGACGGAUCCGAAAGGUUUAUCCAAUUUUCUACAAAGUGAUUCCAUCCGAAGUUAGAAAAAAGGAGGGAAAGUUUGGGAAAGCACUAGAUAACCAUGAGAAAAAAUUCAAAGACGACAUGGAGAAGGUUAAGAGAUGGAGGGAAGCUUUAACUGAAGUAGCUAACUUGUCUGGACAUGAAUACAAGAAUGGUGAAUAUGAAUAUGAAUUUAUCAAAAGAAUUAUUGAAGAGAUAUCAAGUAUUAAAUCAAUUCACAUAAAAUUACCUAUUGCUAAAUAUCCAGUUGAAGUAGAUUCUCAAGCAGAAGCCAUAGAAUCGCUUUUAGAUGUGGAGUCCAAUGGUGUUUUCAUGGUAGGAAUCUAUGGUCUUGGGGGAGUGGGUAAGACUACAAUCUCAAAAGCCGUUUAUAAUAGAAUUAAUGAUUGUUUUGAAGGAAGCUGCUUUCUAGAAAAUGUUAGAGAAAAUUCAAAGACAGACGCUGGCAUUAUCCAAUUACAAGAGAGACUGCUUUCUAAGAUCUUACGAAGUAGAAUUGUUAAGGUGAAUAGUGUACUUGAAGGAAUCACUAUGAUAAAAGAAAGGUUCUGCAAUAAGAAAGUUCUUUUAAUUCUUGAUGAUGUGGAUCAAUCAAAAGAGAUAGAAAAUUUGCUUGAAUAUUGUAACUGGCUUGCUUCAGGAAGCAGAGUCAUCAUAACAACAAGAGACAUAAAUGUUCUACCCAAUGUUGGAAGAGAUCCUCAAAUAAGAACUUAUGAGGUUCAAAAAAUGAAUCCACGUGAUGCUCGUGUUCUUUUCAAUAUGCACGCCUUUGGAAGCAAUAAUCCUAAGCAAGGAUAUUCAAAUCUUGUAGAGCAAAUUAUGUCUUAUGCUGAUGGCCUUCCAUUAGCUCUGGUAAUAAUGGGUUCUGAUUUGUAUGGCAAAAGUAUAGAUCACUGGACAUGUGCAGUCGAAAAGUAUAAGAAGAUUCCACAUGGAGAAAUUACUAAUAAACUCAAGAUUAGUUAUGAUGGAUUGGAAAAAAGAGAAAGGGAUAUUUUUCUUGAUAUUGCAUGUUUUUUUAAGGGAUUUAAAAUGGACGAAGUUGUGAAUGUAUUAGAUGCUUGCAAAUUCUCUUCAAGUUUGGGUAUUAGUAAACUUAUUGAAAAGUGUCUCAUAACUGUUGACAUAUGGGGCAUAUUGUGGAUGCAUGACUUGCUACAACAAAUGGGUAGAGAAAUCGUUGAACAAGAAUCUAAUGAACUUGAAAAUCGUAGUAGGAUAUGGUGUUAUGAGGAUGCUUAUAAAUUGCUGAUUGAAAACAUGGGGUCGAAUAAAAUUCGAGGCAUAAUGUGGUACUCACCUAAACCAAGAUUGGUGAAAUUGCAAGUUGAUGCUUUCAAAAAUAUGAGAAAUCUCAAAUUUCUCUUAGUUGAGAAUGUACGAAUUUCUAAAGGGCUUAAAUAUCUCCCCAACGAGUUAAGAUUGCUUCAGUGGUCAGAAUAUGAUUUUCCCUUGCCAUUAAAAUUUUACCCUCACAGUCUUGUUGUGUUGAAUAUGCCAAAUAGUCGGAUUAGAUUGGAGAAACUAUUAAAACAGGGUCGCGCAUUUGAAGCAUUGAAAAAUGUCAAUCUCGAUGGGUGUAAAUUCAUUACAAAAUUACCUUCCUUAUUAUGCGCCCCAAACUUAAAGAAUUUGGACAUGUGUUACUGUGUAAAUUUAAUAGAGGUUCAUGAGUCAUUUGGAUAUCUUGAUAAGCUUGCAAGUUGGGACCUCACACACUGCCGAAACCUUAAGAUUCUUCCAAGCCUCCUCGUGCUAAGAUCCCUUAAAUAUUUUAAUCUAUGUUACUGCAGAAGGCUUGAGAAGUUUCCUGCUAUUUGUGCCCCAAACUUAGAGUCAUUGGACAUUCCUCUUUGUAAAAACUUAAUAGAGGUUCAUGAGUCAGUUGGAGAUCUUGAUAAGCUUAAAUGGUGGGACCUCGAAAGCUGCAUAAAACUUGAGAUUCUUCCAAGCCGCCUCCAGCUGAGAUCCCUUGAAUACCUGAAUCUAAGAGACUGCGGAAGGCUCGAGAAGUUUCCUGCUAUUUGUGCCCCAAACUUAGAGUCAUUGGACAUUUCUUAUUGUAAAAACUUAAUAGAGGUUCAUGAGUCAGUUGGAGAUCUUGAUAAGCUUAAAUGGUGGUACCUCGAAAGCUGCAUAAAACUUGAGAUUCUUCCAAGCCGCCUCCAGCUGAGAUCCCUUCAAAGCUUGGAUCUAAAAAACUGCGGAAGGCUUGAGAAGUUUCCUGAUAUUCACCCUGAAAUGAAAUAUUUGCGGGGUUUAUAUUUGCGGGCUAAUAGUGGUAUUAGAGAAUGGCCUUCAUCGUUCACGCAUCUCACCAAAGGGCUUCACCGUUUAGAGCUAUCUAACAAUGAAAACCUUUGGAAUUUUCUGCAUAGCCGCAAUAAAUUGCAACUGCUCGAGGAAAUAGAUAUUCCCACUGCCAAUUCCUUUGAUGGCUUUUUGGGAUAUGGGUUUCUGAGCUUGACAUAUCUGCGGCUCAACUCUUGGGAUGGAGAUAUAACGGAAUUAGAUUUUCAAUACUUCCCCCUAUUGAGAGAACUUCAUAUAUAUGAUUCCAAUAUUAUUAGUAUUCCCCAAAGCAUUAGCGGAUUAGCUAGAUUAGAAACUAUUCACAUACGAAAUUGUAAGCGGCUUCGGGAAAUUCCAACGCUUCCACAAUCUGUAAGAUGUGUGUCUGUAAGCAAAUGCCCGUCGGUGGAUCCACAAUCAGUUAGCAGAUUAUUGAUUCAGUUUGGAGGUGCAAGAAGCAACAUAUCAAUGGAUCCCUUUCAUGACUCUGAAUCUGACUCUGACUCUGACUCCGACUCCGACUCUGACUCUGAAUCUGAAUCUGAAUAUGAAAUUUCGUACCAUCUUACAGUACCAGUAACAGAGAUUCCAAAGUACUUAAAAUUCAACCAUUAGACUUUUGGAAAUUCCGUAUCCUUCUGGGUUGGUAAAAAGUUUUCAAAAUUAGCCAUCUGUAUUGCUUUUCGAACGGGGGAGGCACAUAUGUACCAUAAUUGUCAUGUUAACAUUUCCAUCAAUGGGUGUAAACAACUAUAUUCAGGUUUCUAUAAAAAUUGGACAGAAGAGGAACUGUGGUUAUUGACUAUACCCCUUGAGAAAUUGAAUAAACAAAAACUAUCUGAACAGAAUCACAUUGAAGUUGAGGUUAUACCAAUAAAUCAUCUUGAUUUGAUAAAAUGGUUGGGGGUCAAUGUGGAAUGCACCUGCUAUCCUCAAAAUUCAGAUGUUGCUUGCUUGCUGCUUCCGUGUGCUAUGAAUGGUUGUGGGUCUUCCUCGAUUCCAAAUGACACUGAGCUCCCGCCUUUGCUACAUGUUUCCUCCACUUCUUAUGCUUCAGAUUCAGAUCACAGGGUUCUUAACAAUGGAAGAAACUUAUCAAAAAAAAAAAAAAAAACAAUGGAAGAAAUUACAUACUUGCUGGAAUAGGACUCCAAAAGCGAAGAAGAAUUUGUCUCUGACGGCAAAGCCCAGCAGAGAGCGGAGCUGUAAACUUUGGAGAUGGAGCUCUUCUCUUAUUCAAUCUCUUCUUCAUUUUCCAAACAACACAUAAUUAUGAUGUUAGAAAAUAUCCUCGAAGACACAGUAGACCAUUCUUUGGGAUCUACCUUGCAAGUAGGAAUCAUCACUUGUUCAUUGAGUUUGAGUAUCCUUUCUCAAAGAGGCUUUAAGAGAAAUUUAAGUCAUGGUGUCUAAUAAAUUACCAGGGAGUUUCAAACCUCUGAGGCAUCACUGUACAGAAGUUAUUUUGCUGAUCCCCUGCCUUACUAAUCUCUUAACCAAUUUUGCCUUCCAUUUGAUAGCAUCUGAUAGCUACAAAAAUCCAUAUCUUUUUCCCUUUUUGUUUCCAAGGCCAACUUCUUCACUUAAGAAGGAGAAAUGUUGCAUUGUAAAGUGAAAACUGUUACAAUGGACUAUACCUAUGUUCAAGUCAUCAAGAUAUCCCACUUCUACAUCUUAAAAGCAUUUUCCCACAACUUAAAGUUUCUUGGCAGUAUAGCACAUGAACAUACGUUGAAGAUUUAUUCGGUAAUCCUAUCCAUGGCCUUCAUUUGGCAUCCUGGUGACGAGAAAUGUUUACAUGGUGGUGUUGGUUGAUCUAUUUUGAGAGGAUUAUAAUGUUUUUUUUCUUCUUCAAUUUUUGGACUUUUCCCUCCCACUAGUGUGAAAGGAAGUGAGUUGAAGGCUCUUUGCUCAAAUUAUGAGAUAAUACCAAAUUAUGCAAAAUUUGAAUUGUUUAUUCUUAUAUUUCAAAAGUGAAGUUGAUAUCAUUAUGGGGUGGUUUUCUGUGU